UCAGCUAACAUUAAUAUCUUCCCUCCUCCAGCUAAUAUCCAUUUUUUAAACCGCACACUCCCUGUCUUCUUGUCCCUAUAAAAUCCCCCCCACACUCUCUCAACUCCCUAGCCUUCAACCAGCAAUUCAAACACACACAAACGGGAAAAACCAUGGUGGCCGCCGGCGACAUGAAGAGCCUCACCGUCCACAUCGUCACCGGACGGUGGUUCAUGGUCUUCGCCUGCUUCCUCAUCAUGUCCGCCGCCGGUGCCACCUACAUGUUCGGCCUCUACUCCGCCGACAUCAAAUCCUCCCUCGGCUACGACCAGACCACCCUCAACCUCCUCAGCUUCUUCAAGGACCUCGGCGGCAACGUCGGCGUCCUCUCCGGCCUCAUCAACGAGGUCACCCCUCCCUGGGUCGUCCUCUCCAUGGGCGCCGUCCUCAACUUCUUCGGCUACUUCAUGAUCUGGCUCGCCGUCACCGGCAAGCUCACCAACGUCAAGGUCGUGUGGCAAAUGUGCCUCUACAUCUGCAUCGGCGCGAACUCCCAGUCGUUCGCCAACACCGGGGCGCUGGUCACGUGCGUCAAGAACUUCCCGGAGAGCCGCGGCGUCGUUUUGGGGAUUUUAAAAGGCUACGUGGGCCUCAGCGGCGCGAUCAUCACCCAGCUCUACCACGGCGUCUACGGCGACGAUUCCAAAUCCCUAAUUCUCCUCAUCGCCUGGCUCCCCGCCGCCAUCUCCUUCGCCUUCCUCCGCACGAUCCGGAUCAUGAAGGUGGUCCGGCACCCGAACGAGAUGAAGGUCUUCUACAACUUCCUCUACAUCUCCCUCGGCCUCGCCGGAUUCCUCAUGGCCAUCAUCGUCCUCGAGAAGCAGUACCGCUUCAAUCGGACCGAGUACGGCGGCAGCGCCGCCAUGGUCCUCGUCCUCCUCUUCCUCCCGCUCGCCGUCUCCGUCGCCGAGGAGUACAAGAUCUGGAAGGACAAAACCGUCAUUCCCAGAUCCAAUUCCCACUCGCCCGACCUGAAACCCGCACCCGACCCGGUCAAAACCGCUUCCUCCUCUGUUUCCGACGACGGAGGGGAGGCAAAAUCGCCGUCGUGCUGGAGGACGGUGUUCCGGCCGCCGAACAGGGGGGACGACUUCACGAUCCUCCAGGCGCUGUUCAGCCUCGACAUGCUGAUCCUGUUCGUCGCGACGAUCUGCGGCGUCGGCGGGACGCUGACGGCGAUCGACAAUCUGGGCCAGAUUGGGACCUCGCUCGGGUACCCGAAGAAAUCCAUCAGCACGUUCGUCUCGCUGGUGAGCAUAUGGAACUACCUGGGUCGGGUCGGGUCGGGUUUCCUGUCGGAGAUUGUCCUCACCCGGUACAAGUUCCCCCGGCCGUUGAUGUUCACGAUGAUCCUCCUCUUCUCCUGCGUCGGCCACCUCCUGAUCGCGUUCAACGUCCCCGGCGGGCUGUACGCUGCGUCGAUCGUGAUCGGGUUCUGCUUCGGAGCCCAAUGGCCGCUCCUUUUCGCGAUCAUAUCGGAGAUCUUCGGGCUCAAGUACUACUCCACGCUCUACAACUUCGGGUCAGGCGUCAACGUCCGGGUCGUACCUGCUCAACGUCCGGGUCGCGGGGCAUUUGUACGACGAGGAGGCGAGGAAGCAGCUGGCGGCGAUGGGUCGGGUCAGGCAGCCGGGUCAGGACCUGAAUUGCGUCGGGACCCGGUGUUUUAAGCUGGCGUUUGUUAUAAUCACGGCGGCGACUCUGUUCGGGACGUUUGUGUCGUUGAUUUUGGUGAUCCGGACGAGGGAGUUUUACCGGGGCGAUAUUUACAAGCGGUUCAGGGAGGAGGCGGCGGCGGCGGUGGAGGAGCGGGAAAUGCCGGUGGCGGGAGGGAAUGGGAAGUGUACGACGACGACGGAGGAAGUGGACGGGAAAGUGAAAGAUAAACAGAACGAUUAAUUGUUAAAGAAACGGAUACAUGAUGGUUGAUGCAGUUGUUGUUUUUUUUUUUUAAUUAGAUAGAGAUUGACGUCGGAGUGAUCGAAGAAGAAGGAGAAGAAUUGUGGGAAGUUGUCAAACUCGAUAGAGAUUGUCUCGUUUUCUCUCUGGUAAUUGGUUUUCAUGUGUAUAUCCAUGGUGACGAUGACGAUCUUCCCUAAAACGUGUCGUGUGUAUAGGGUGAUUUUAGCGAUUUGAGAUUAGUCAGAGCUAAGUAAGCAGUGACGGAGGCAGGUUUUUUUUUUUUUUUUGAAUAGUAACCUGAAUAUUAUUAAUUAAACCAGUAAGGCAUUAUGACA